GAUCGAUCCAUUCGCUAGUAAAAAGAAAAGAAGACAUAAUGAGUGCAUUUGUCCCUCCGGUUCAACACGGCAUGACCGUCUUAAAUCGUGAGGCAUUCAAAAAGUCUGUGUCGACUCUUGCCAUGCGCGUACAAGCAAAACGGGUGGGCGAUCUCAUGAAGAAGCUUUCAAGUGAGCUCCUGAAUCAACCGCGUCUGCGCAAUGUUGUGAAUGGGAGUGACGAUACAAAACUUUUGUUAUUAAGAAGUGAUUUGCGUCAAGAAGAUAUCCCAAAGUUACCCGAAGAGAUUAGAACAGUGAUCGAACAAGCGAGCGUUGGAUUUGAGCAGCACACGAUUGAUUUAGAUUAUUCUUACUGGACUGCUGAUCAACUUUUGCAUGCUGUCAUUCCUGCUGAAGACGCACCAGCAUCUUAUACACAAAUUGGUCAUAUAGCGCACAUGAACUUGAAAGAAGAGUUUUAUCCAUGGAAGAAUUUGAUCGGUCAAGUUAUUCUGGAUAAAAACAAAAACAUCACAACUGUUGUGAACAAGACAAACAAUAUCGACACUACAUUCCGUUUCUUUCAGAUGGAAAUCCUUGCUGGAGAGGACAAUAUGAUUGCUCAAGUGAAAGAAAGCGGAUGUAGAUUUAAGUUUGACUUUUCCAAAGUCUAUUGGAAUUCUCGGUUACAUACGGAACAUGAUCGUCUCAUUCAAAAGUUCAAGAAAAACGAAUAUAUCUGUGAUGUGUUUGCGGGUGUGGGUCCGUUCGCAUUGCCUGCCGCCAAAAAGGGAGCAAUUGUAUAUGCCAACGACCUGAAUCCGGCUUCCUAUCAAUGGCUUAAUGAGAAUAUUAAACUUAACAAGAUUACCAAAGGUAUCCACCCGUACAACCUGGACGGACGGGAAUUUAUCCGAAAAGCCGUAGAGGAUCUUCAAGCAACAUCGGAAGAAUGGAAAACGUUUGACCACUUUGUAAUGAAUCUUCCUGCAACAGCCAUUGAAUUCCUUGAUACGUUUCACGGACUAUAUCGUGAUCAGAAGGUCCGGUACGAUGCUUCACAAUCCGCAAAGCUUCCCAUGAUCCAUUGCCACUGUUUCACUAAAAGUUCGGAGCCUGCCAAUGAUAUUCUUGAGCGAGCAAGUCAAGUGAUCGGUGCACCCAUCGACCGUGCGACAAGUGUGGCACAUUGGGUGAGGAAUGUUGCACCAAAGAAAGAUAUGUACUGCCUUUCGUUCAGAUUAAGUCCAGAAGUGGCAUUUGCGAGCAAUGGAAAGCGGAAGCUUGAGGCGGACGAUAACAAAGCCGAUGAAGCACAGCAGAAAACAUCUAGAAAGUAAUUGUACCAAAUAGUUGGCGUAGCACUAUAAUAAACGCGAGUUGCAACCUACUAUCUCGAAAG